CAGGCAAGAAGAAGAAGCAUCCCAACAAGCAGCAGCAGUGGAGCAAACCGAAGAAGAUCCUGCUAACGCGGGGUCAGCACACUUCUUUGUGGAGGUGGAAACGGGACUGUGUUGAAGCUCCUAGCCUGCUUGAGCUCACCAUUCCCAGCAUUCACCCCGGACAGACCGCGACACUCCAUUUUUUUUUGGAGGUCCUUUUUAUUGAAGCUGACGACUGACAGUUCUCGGAAGACAUCUGCUGCCGGAGGGGGACCAUGACGCUCCACGGGCUGCUGCUGAUAACCGGCUCUCUGCUCUUAAUGUCGCCGCUGUUUGGCUCCUGUCACCCGGCGCAGCUCUCAGCAGAGACCCGGCUGGUGUUGUUGGAGCGAUUCGGCCACCCAGGGCUCGGAUUUAACUGGAGAAACAUCUCCUGCCCCCUCUGCAAAGCGGUCUUCACCAUGCUUGACAUCGCCCUUCUGAGCGAUGCAAAUGAAGAGCGAGUGGCACGUGCGGUCGGCGAGGCCUGCAUCCGUCUCCAUCUGGCUGAUGAGCAAGUGUGUCGACAAAUCACAGAGCUGUUCAGGGAUGACUUCAUCAGGGCUCUCCAGGAGUCGUUGCUGUGGCCCACCGAAGCGUGCGCCCUGUUGCUGGGCUCUUCCUGUGGCAAGUUCGACGUGUACGCUCCGUGGAACAUCACUCUGCCAAAGGUUUCUAAGCCUCCCGUUACGCCGCCCUCGCCUCCCAAACCUGGCUCUCCGCAGAGCAGGGUUCUGUUUCUAACUGACAUCCACUGGGACAAGGAGUAUGAAGCCGGCAGCGCUGCAGACUGCAAGGCCCCUCUGUGUUGUCGUAAAGACUCUGGCUUACCCAGCUGGAGGCGAAGGGAGGCCGGGUACUGGGGAACCUACAGUAAGUGUGAUCUACCUCUACGGACGGUGGAGAACCUCCUGGAAAAUGCUGCCAGAAGCGGACCUUGGGACUGGGUCUACUGGACUGGGGACAUACCAGCCCACAACGUUUGGUCUCAAACCAGGAAGCAACAGCUGUCUGAGCUUACAGUCAUAUCCAGACUCAUCCAAAAACACCUGGGCCCUAAUGUGACAGUUUACCCAGCUGUAGGAAACCACGAGAGUACACCAGUGAACAGCUUCCCACCACCGUUUGUUCACGGCAACAGGUCCUCCGCCUGGCUCUAUGAUGCAAUGGCAAAGGAAUGGGGGCCAUGGUUGCCAAAUCAGGCUUUGAAGACUUUGAGAUACGGGGGAUUCUACUCGGUGGAGCUUCAGCCAGGUCUGAGGGUUGUUUCUCUCAACAUGAACUUCUGUGCGCGAGAAAACUUCUGGCUCAUGGUGAACUCCACUGAUCCUGCUAACCAGCUGCAGUGGUUGGUUCAUAUUCUCCAGGCCAGUGAGGACAAGGGAGAGAAGGUCCAUAUCAUUGGUCACAUCCCACCUGGCCUGUGUCUUGGCAGCUGGAGCUGGAACUACUAUCACAUUGUCAACAGAUAUGAAAGCACAAUUACCGGACAGUUUUUCGGCCAUACACACCUGGAUGAGUUCCAGAUGUUUUAUGAUGAGGAAACGCUGACUCGUCCAUUGGGAGUGGCCUUCAUUGCUCCCAGCGUCACCACCUAUGUAAAUCUUAAUCCAGGAUACCGAGUGUACUAUGUCGAUGGGAAUUACAAAGGCAGUUCCCGACUUGUGGUCGACCAUGAAACCUACAUCCUCAACCUCACGGAGGCAAACCACAGUCCAGGGGCGUCACGUAGCCCAGUACAGAACCCUAAAUGGACCCUUCUUUACCGUGCCACAGAGGCCUAUGGACUGUCCAGUCUGUUCCCCUCUGACUGCAAUGGACUGAUGCGGACCUUCAUCAACGAUGAUCGUGUUUUUCAGAAGUUUUGGUACUUGAGACAUAAAGGACACGUGUCAGAAACCUGCAAGGAGAUCUGCAAAACCACUCUACUGUGCUUUCUUAGAAGCGGGCGCUAUGAUGAGCUGGAGCAGUGUGACCACCUCAAUGGUUUUGGAGGAAACUUAGCUCGGGCGGCCAGAAAAACUCUUUGUUGAUCUGAGGAAGGUCUGACUGAAUGGCUGGGGGGGUGGGGGAGGAGGGGAAACAAUCAGACCAAAAAUAUGACACUGAGCCAAAUAAAUAGUUUUCUCUGUUGCAGGUCGGUCAACAAGAUUUGUUGUAUACAAUCAGGUCACUAGCACUUGGACAGUGUAUCUUCGUAAUUUUGCCUCUUUACUCGACAACAGUGGACUUGAAAUGAAGCCCCAGCUGUAUGUUUGAUGACUAAAAUUUACUUGAGCUAUUACUCAGUACACUGACGGGUUAUGUGGAACUUGAGUCUGAAGAGUUUUCAGUUUUAUGCCUUUUAAUCAGUGAUUUUUUUUUUUUUUUUAACAUUCACUGUGUUUGGCAACAGGCCUUGGAUUUGUCAACUGCUGUUUUGCAAUGCCAGUUGUGCAAAGGACUGCUUGUAAUUGUCCUGAAAGAUGCUCUGUUUACUUGAAAUGCACAGAAUGGUAGGCGUUGUGUGGAUUGUCUAAAGCUGGCAUGAUUUCGACAGUUCUAUUGAAUUGGGUGCCUUUUUUUUUGUCAGGGAACAAGUAAACAUAUCAAUCCCUAACAGCUAUCCUGCAACUUUUAACGCUACUUAAAUGGUCUCCUGCAGAAUAGCAUACAUUAAAUGUCACUUUUAAAGUGAUGUGACAAUUAUCAAGAGGAUGGCCUCCAAAAAAAAAAAAAUCCUGAAGCCUGAUUUUCAAUGCUCGAAUGUAAAUUGUGACACAUAGUGGAAAGUUUGAGGAUGGAUUGUUUCACAAAGCAGAGUUAACGACGUUUUAAGGUUGUGAAGUGAUUCUGCUGCUGGCCACUUUAUCAAAUUCAGUGCGUACUAACUUUGAUAUUCCUUUGUCAGCACCAUUGUGGGUAGUUAGGUCAAUGUUUUAUGCAUCUACCUUCAUGCGUAGCAUCAUCUGCCUCAGCAAAGAAGUCUUGCAAACCAAACAUGAAGCAGUGUUUCUCAGUGAGGUUUACUUCUGCCUGCACUUUAAUUCUUUAAUUCCUGACAGAACAAGUUUAAUGGACCCGAAAUGUGAAAAAGACAGGAGAGUUCUCAGAUGUGGGUCUGUCAUGGUAUAAUGUAAGCAUGACAAGUAAUGCAACUUGUAAAAGAAGCAAUAAUUUAAAAGAUUGUAUAAAUAAAGGAUGAAAUCUGA